CUUAGCCGAGGAAACAAUUCCGUUCGCAUUGCAGAAAAAGUUUUCCAUUUGCACAGCUCCUCCACAUUGUAGCCUGGUGAAUUCCAAUCGACCAGAACGGAAUAUGAGCGAAAAGGAAGUGUGGUUUAGAAAAUCUUCAACCGGAGACUUUAAGUGAAACGACUUGUAUUGGCAAAACCCGGUGCUCGUCGCACCACUCCUCAACUACCUCAAUCUACCGAAAGGAUUAAUCACGAAUCAUCAUUCAUCUUUUUGAAACUUUCAUCGAACGGAUACCGUCUUCUACUUAUACCGAGCGUUCACCAUGAGAGCCGCCCAUAGAUUCAAUCACAGAAUUCCAUUGAAGAUGUCACAGCGUCCCGUCAGUGCAAUGUCGCGCCAAGAAUCGGAAAUGAUCAACCGCAGCCGCCGGGCUCUGUCCUCUGGUACACUGACGGACUCGAUCGAGAAGCUACGUCACAUGUGUCUUGCCCGAGGUGCGUCGGGAAUUCUGGGCCUCGGUCGAUGCUUCCGCCGCAUGGAUGACGACGGCAACAAGGCCCUUAACCUGGAGGAGUUCAUCAAGGGUUUGCUGGACACUGGGCUGGACAUUACGAACGAGGAAGCCACCGAGAUGUUUAACAAGUUCGAUACCGAUGGAAGCGGCUCGAUAAAUAUGACCGAAUUCUUGAUCGCCAUCCGUCCAAAUAUGUCCGAGUCUAGAAAGAAUAUUGUGAGCCAGGCUUUUGCUAAGCUGGACAAAACCGGCGACGGGGCAAUCACCAUCGAGGAUCUGAAGAACGUCUACUCGGUCAAGAAUCACCCAUUGUACAUCAGUGGAGAGGAAACUGAGGAUGUCAUCCUUAGGAAAUUUUUGGCCAACUUCGAAGAGAACGGAAACGUCGAUGGAACCGUUACCAAAGAGGAGUUCCUGAACUACUACGCCGGCCUCAGCGCUUCGAUUGAUUCGGAUGCCUAUUUCGAUCUGAUGGUUCGCCAGGCCUACAAACUCUAAGCUGGCCCCAGAAAGUAUUUUAAGUCGUUACAAAUGCAACAAUAUUAAAUAUUACUAUUUAUUGUUUUAAUACCUAGAAUGUGCAGCAAAUUACCAAAAAGAAUUAAAAAAAAAUGAUGGACGUGGAACAAGUUAGAGCGCCAUUCGUUGCAAGGUUUGCUUGCAAACUGCCUUCGCCGAUUUGAACAAGUAGUGUUUUCAAAACGAUAAAAAUUCGUUCACUAGGAUUACUAUUGAGAGCAACAUGUUUUUAAAUUUUUAACAAUUGAAUAAUCACGCGAGAUCUGUGACAAUGCAAGGAUUAAAUUAAUGUUCUAAAAA